CCCACUUUCACUCUCACUGGAGUCGGGAAGGCUUCGCUGCAGUUGCUUUGUUGUGUUGUGAGCUCUGUGACAUGACAUGCUUCACCUACCCAUCUCUCGAGUGUUAUAAGUACUGAGUAAGCCCGUACGUAUCACGAUGAUCAUCACGGAAAAGGAUCUCUUGCUUUUGCAAUCCUUGCCAUCGUCCUCGACAACUUCCAGUUCAAUCUCUCAUGCGCCUGUAUCGAAGAGCCCAAACAUUGAGAAAUGUGAUUCUCAACUUGACAUCGAGUUCGAUGGCACGACGGUGCUGUGCAGAGUUUGUGGAGACAAAGCUUCAGGAUUCCACUAUGGAGUUCAUUCCUGCGAAGGUUGCAAGGGAUUCUUUCGAAGAAGCAUCCAGCAAAAGAUCCAGUAUCGUCCAUGCACGAAGAACCAACAGUGUUCCAUCCUGAGAAUCAAUCGGAAUCGAUGCCAAUAUUGUCGGCUGAAGAAGUGCAUCGCAGUGGGAAUGAGCCGAGACGCCGUGAGGUUCGGACGCGUUCCGAAGCGUGAGAAAGCGAAAAUCCUGGCGGCAAUGCAGUCCGUCGCUUCUCGGUCUCAAGAACGAGCCUUGGAGGCCGAUCUUCAGAACGAAGAUCAUCUCAUCACCACCAUUAUUCAAGCUCAUGAGGAAACGUGCGACUUCAGUCGCGAGAAGGUGGCGCUUCUCAUCCAGAAGGCCAAAGAAUCGUCUGCUUACGUCGCAUCUCCAUCUGCUUUGGCUUGCCCGCUGAAUCCGGCCACUGUGACGAACCCGGCCAUGGUGGAUGGUUCGGGGCCAGGGCCAGGCGAUCACAUGCAGUUGAAGGACUUUUCGGCCCGUUUCUCCCCUGCCAUUCGAGGGGUCGUGGAAUUUGCCAAAAAGAUCCCCGGCUUUGCUCGUCUCAACACGGACGAUCAGGUCACUCUUCUCAAGGCCGGCGUUUUCGAAGUCCUUUUGGUCCGCCUUGCCUGCAUGUUCGAUUCCCAGAGAUGCACGUUGGUGAGCCUGAACGGUCACGUGCUGAAUAAGGAUUCUAUCCCGACCGGAGCCAAUGCCCGAUUCCUUCUGGAUUCCAUGUUUGAUUUUGCUGAAAGACUGAACUCGAUGCAUCUGAACGAUGCAGAGCUUGCCCUAUUCUGCGCUGUGGUUCUCAUUACUCCUGAUCGACCCGGUCUCCGAAACGGGGAUUUGAUCGAAAAGAUGAGCAGGAAAUUGAUCGGGGCCCUGCAUACUGUGUGUAACCAGAGCGGUCACGAUUCCACGAUGGUCUCGCAGGAAUUGCUGAAGAAGAUUCCCGAUUUGCGAACCCUGAAUACGCUUCACUCGGAGAAGCUGCUGGCACUGAAGAUGACGGAACAAGAGCAAGUGAAAGAGGAAAUGAUGAAGCCGUGGGGAAACCGGGGUGAAGACUCUCAUCCCCAUUCCCCUCAUUCUUUCGACGAGGGUGUCAAGAGUCCUCUGGGAUCGUUGAGCAGCAACGAAUCCGUCUGCUCGGGGGAACUGAUCGUGCCGACGAAUCGAGGCUUUUGCGAGACGGUCUCCUGUGACGAUCAGGCGUCUCACUCCCCGUAUCGAAGCAGAAAGCUGGAUUCCCCCACUGAUUCCGGCAUCGAAUCCGGGUGUGAAAAAGGGAAAUUGAGUCCCUUGCAUCCGGCGUCGGUGUGCAGCAGCCCUCGUAGUCUCCGUGGAGGGGACAGGGAAGAAGCGGACGGAAUCGGAAUGGAAGACAUGCCGAUGCUGAAGAGAGCUCUCCAGGCCCCGCCGCUCAUCAACACCAAUCUUCUCAUGGACGAAGCGUAUCGUCCCCACAAGAAAUUCAGGGCUCUUCGUCGGGAGGCAGGAGGCGACGGGGAAGCGACCCCCAGCCCCUCACCCCUUCAGAUGGCUUUGUCCUCGUCUCACUCUACCCUGGCACGCUCCUUGAUGGAGGGACCAAAGCUGAGUGCCGAACAGUUGAAGCAAAGUGAUUAUUUGACCAAUUUGAUCAUGAGAGGAGGAGGGGAAGGGGGACAUGGUGGGGGUGUCCCGUGGCUCACCCUCAGCUCGGCAACAGUUGUGACCCCAGCGACGAAGCAUACUGUGAUGACCCCGGCCUGUUCGAGCCCACCCCGCCCCCCUACCCCACCGUACCCACCUCGAAUGUUUUACGACAGCAACAGCAACAGCAACCCUGCUGCUGCUGCCACGAUCACGAUGAACACCACCGUGACGACGACGGCGAACACUGGGCCCCCUUCCCCGGCCGUUUGUCAGCGCAAUAUCCUGGAACUCCAGGUGGACAUAGCUGAUUCCCAGCCGUUGAACCUGUCAAAGAAGACACCACCCCCCUCUGUAUCCCUUCAAGUAUGAUUCCGUCCCCUCUCCUCCCUUCCCUUCUCUACCCUACCCCAGUUCCCUCGACUUGAUCAAUAUUUGUGAUGAUUAUCAGUUUUUUUGUCUAUAAUAUCAUAUGUGUUAGGUAGGUGGGCGAGUGAGGCAGCCGAUUGAGAUGUAAGACAGGGAAAUGAUUUUAUUUUUUUUGCAGAGUACAAAGCAAGUGAGACGAGAGAGAGAGUUUGAAUCAGAUGAUUCCUUUAAAGAGGUUCGCGCUGUACAGUUCUGACGGACAACAUCCCACACGCUGUAGGAAUGUACAAAAGAUGUUCGAGCAUUCGUCAUUCACCUCUCUCUCUCUGUGUGUCUCUGUCCCUUAUUAUAUUCAGAAUUCAUUAUUCCCCCUCCCCUGUUCUCUUCCACACUUUUCUGUUGCCCCCCUUGGCUUCGGUGGUGCUUAUGGCCAGUAAGUGUUUUUUUUUUUUAA